GCCCGUGGGUGCUCAGCUGUGGGCACAGUCCUGCUCUCGCUCCAUCUCUCGCGCACCGCUCUCGACACCAGCCCCAGCCCCAACAUGGCCAAGAUCCUCCUCUGCCUCGGCGUCGUCGCCCUGGUCGCCCUGGCCGCCGCUGCCCCCAAGCCCGAGGAGAAGUUCACCACCAAGUACGACAACGUCAACAUCGACGAGAUCCUGGCCAACAAGCGUCUCCUCAACAACUACCUCAACUGCAUCCUGGAUAAGCCCAAGGCCCGCUGCACCAACGACGCUCUGGAGCUCAAGAAAUCCAUCCCCGACGCCCUGACCAACGAGUGCAUGAAGUGCUCCGAGAAGCAGAAGGAGCUGUCCGAGAAGGUGGUCCGCCACCUGGCCGAGAAGGAGAAGGAGUCCUGGGAGGAGGUCAAGGCCAAGUUCGACCCUACCGGCAUCUACGAGAAGAGGUACGAGAAGAUCGCCCAGGAGAAGGGAGUCGCUGUCUGAGCCGUCGCCCCAACGUCACCAUCACCAAACACUCAACCCACCAAAUGGUUGGCAAUGACGUCCGUCAACCUCAAUUCAAAACCAAAAAAAUAAAUAUUCAAUGUACAUAAAGUUUUGUUUUUUGAAUAUUUUUGCUGUGAAUCAUCAUGAUAACGAUAACAAUAAAAAAUCUGAUCUUGUAAAACAAUGAAA